ACCCACAUACCCAGACAUUUUGGGUAAUCAUUUAAAAAAACGGUUCUGGAAUACUGCCUCAAAUUUUAUUAGAAAUACUAAGGACUCUCUGUCAAAAUAAAGACACACAUCCUGAAGAAUUCAGAACAGUCUCGCUGUAAACACUACAGCAUAGAUAAAAUUUAAAAAAAAGAAAGGAGAAAGGAUGUGGUUUGCUUUCUUUGUGACCUCCUAAUGUUUUCCUAAUUCAGUAUGAUUGGUGGUAAUGUAGUUCAGAGAAACUUCAGCUGGUAAUAUAAAAGCACUGAUGGCAAAUCAUCCCUAUGGUUGUAAUGCUGAAGUUUCUCACUGUUGUUCAAGGACAGAACUUGGCAGCGUUGGGGUUCUGUCAACAUUGAAUACAAAACCCACUCUAUAUCCCAGAGAUGGACUCUGGCCUUUGACUGUUACUACAGAAAUGCCAGCACAAAGCCUUUUGUGCGUUCUGUUAUAUCUGAAGGUCUUACAGUAGGAAACGAAGGUGCUGUUAAAAUGUCAUUUAUUUGAAUUAAACUGAGAUGUUGGAAACCUUUUGAGAUACUUUUAGUGAAAAGGUGAAUGGUUGUGGGGGAGGCUGAAAGUUGAGCUUCAGAUAUCCCCUCUUGGCUUGCUUUAUUCCUCGUACAUCUGUUUUUGUCCUUUGGUGGAGAAGAUCUACAGCUGUGUUGCUGUACAUCUGUUUGUGUGUGUUUGAGAGUAAUUGCAUAGCAGAACUGAAUGAAGAAAAAAGAUGGAGGAAAUCAGAUUCGUUUUGGCGUAGUGUAUAGAGUUUUUUUUUUUUUUUUUUCUCCCCAGAUAUAACCUCUGUGGGAAUGUUUGUGAUUUUGUACAUUUGAUUAUUUCAUGUUUAUCCUUGUAAAUAUUUUGUGACAUUUAAAUGAUCAUGGUAUUUGUUUAAUUUUGAAAUGUAUUUACAUAAUGUGUUUUGUAUUUACAUUGAAGUGACUGAGUUUUCUUUGCAUAUUCCGUCCAUUUUAUAUGCCUCUCUCUGAUACAAAAAAGACUAUUUUUUUUGCAAAAAAAAAACCUUGUUUACAUUAUACUUUUAUUUAGAACAUGCUAAAAAUGUGUUGUAAAGCUAAUCAUUUAUGUUGACUUCUAUUUACUUUUUUAUACUGUAAAACAGUUCCCACUUUAAAAUUUAAUUUAUUAAUGGACCAUUUACAUCUUUUUUUUGAAUAGUGUAUUGAAAUGCAAAUUUCUUGUGUAUUUAUAUCCAACCAUAUAUACUGUACAGUAGAAGAUUGUGUGUGUCAUUUUAGGACACAGAGCAAAAGUUAUAAUUGCAGUUUUAUAAUUGCAAUUUUAAAAAUGUUAUUGUCCAGUAGACAGAAAAUGCAUUUUAGCAAAUCUUAUGUCAUGCUUAGAACAAUUAAAAAGUCUUCUAUUUUAUUUUUGAUAUUGUCAUUAUUAUUUAAUAAUAUGUGUCUUUUUUUUUUCCUUGUGUGAAGAUUGUGAAGGAGGAGGGACGCUCUUGGGGCUCUCAGGGAAAUGAGUCAUUUUUUCUUUUGGAAGAGAUGACCUAUGAUCCUUAGGCAGCCAAUCAUGUCUAUCUGAAAGAAUAAACGAAUGAUUUCAAGGACGUGGACAAGGACUGAGAUGCUGAGAGUGAAGAGGAAGAGUGACAUAAAGAGGAAAGAAGUUCAUUACCCAGCUGAAAAGGAGGCAAAUGGCUUUCAUAGUCACCAUGGGAACAGGGCUUUCUCUCCCCGACAAACCUAUAAUAAGACUCUCUCAGUCGUUUGCUGUGGUGCUUUUCAGAAGCUCCAGCAAUCUUGGCUGAAUGCGAUGGCUCCCAGUGCAGGGAGGGCUUGGCUCAGCGCUGCUGCGGAAUGGAAGACUGCAUACCCUUCUCUCUCUCGUCUCGGCUCAAAGCGGCAUGGUUUGAGAGUCUUACCCGGCUCUCUACAGCUAAACAGUAUGCAGGACCUUAAAUGCAGAGAGAAGGAUUUAGAAGAACGACUGUGCAACGGUGAACAGAUUCAUCCCCAGGCACCCAAUCCAUUAUCCUGUCAACAACAGCAGGUCCCUGCCACAGUUAGCAGCAACACUGGCCGUAAUGAAAUCAUCAGUAAUCCCAAAACUCAUCUCAUCAUACCCAAGGUGACUGUGCUUAAUGCUUAUCUUUUCUCAGACUGUAUAAGACCAAGACAAAUCAGUUAAACAACAGGAUGUGGACAUCAAUGUGCUCUAGUGCCUUACCUGUGGUUUACCUGUACAUUUCCCUGCAGGUAACUGAAUCUGACUUGCCUUUAAUGGUGAAGAAACUCAAAGAAACAGAUUUAUGGAAUAUCAUUGAGGAAGUUUUUAUUUUCAGUAUAAAAAUCUGUGUCAAAUAAUUGGGAAUUUAAAUGAAAUUAAUAGCAUAUUUACUCAUCGAGAAAUAGAAACUGUAAAAUGAAAAUAUAUAUUUUAUUUUAUUUUAAAAAAGUGAGGAAAAUUGGAUUGAUUGUGAUGUCUAAAUUUUGCUGAUGCAUUAGUGGCUUUGAGUCCCACAUGUUGUUCAUUCGAUAGUCGGUAAUUGUCCUCUGCGAGUGACAGAACAACAGUACUUAACGCGCUUUACAAACUUGCUGAGGACAGACAAUGUGUGAGGAAGCAAACCAUAUUUGUAAAUAUCUAUUAAAUAAGGCUGUUUAUACAUUAUUUGUUUCGAUUGCAAAAUUGUUGAGAAUUAAAACUUAUUUUUCGAUUAAAAUAGCCUGAAUAAAAAGUUAAAAAGGUAUAAUUUAACAUCGACAAGCAGCGCGUAAAAUUGAUUUGUUUUUAUGUGUUGGUGACUCAAAAUGCUUGUAAUAGAUUGAAGUAAAAUAAGAAACAAAAAUGUCGCUGUUUUUAUUAUAAUUAUUAUUAUUAUUACUACUACAUCAUUCAAUUUUACAGCCAUGAUCACAUUAAUUUUAAUGACCGGACUCAUAUGUUUCAAGUAUAAAACAUGUUAUCAUUCCAAUAGUUCAGUGACAUCUGAAAGAAGGUCAGAUCCAAGCCUCUUUUCUUUAAUUGACCAGUGAAUAUUAUUUUACCAGUGUCAGAACCAGAGGGGACGCAACCAUUCAACGAAAUACAAUAGGAAUAACAGACCGUGCUGAAAUUGCAUCUUCAUUUGCAUAUUCGGUUCAAAAAUCAUGCAAAUCCCAAUGAGACGGUCUUUAUUGUGCCUGCAUUUGAAAAAUCAUUCUGUUAACCAUGGUAACUCUGGCCUUAUUCGUAGCCAGUGAGUUGAAACAAAAAGUUAUUAAUUCAUACGGUUAUGACGUUUAAAUGGACUCCAGAGCAAUGCUUAAUGGUUCGGAGAUAUGUGAUCUAAAAAAUUACACAAAGACUUCUUUUAAAUAUAUAUAUAUAUAUAUGUUAGUACUAUCGUUUUGGCUAGUUAACGUGUUACAGUUAAUGCUCUAUUCAUUUGAUGUAAGACAGAAUAUACUAUUAUUCAAAUUAAACUUUUUUUCUUAAAAUAAUAUUUCUAAAAAUAAUUUAUAUAGCCUUAUAUCUUAUAUAUUAUAACCUAUUCUAAAGCAAAAAUAGUAGGCUGAAAAUAUUCUUAUACCUAAAUGGUAAACAUUCUUUUUUUCAACCCGUAAAAAUCAUUCAAUUAUUCAGUAUUGUGGCUCGAGCUAUAUUGUAUCUUAAAGUGGGUGUGUCGCGCGCAGGCUUAUUGGACUGUUUUAAGUCCACUUAUUUUGUCCAACAUCACCUUAUUAGACUCCAUAAAAACAAUGUCUUUUUGAGGCUCUGCGUGUGCUUUGCUGUAAUUUGCUUCCACUUUAAUUGUUAAAGUUGAGCUAAUUAACAAGUGAAUCCACGGGUUUGAAAAAAAGACUUUACACUGUGAUAAAGAAUAGAAGUCCUGUGGCGAUUUGUUAUGGUAUUGUUGGAUUUAUCACGAUAGAACAAGUUGUUGAAACGUCCUUAAAUUUCACAGAUCUGACAUGUGACAUAUAAAGCAGUAAUGAACUGACCAUUUUCCAUCUUUUGCUUUCAAUAAUAAUUUUAGAUGUUUGGACUUUUUUUAGUGUUAAUUGACAUAUAAUGGACUUUAUUUAUCUGCAGCACAGUGUCAGUUUUAGUAUUCGGGUCGUUUGAAUUGCCUACUACACUAAUGGACAUUUCCCUGCUCGGCCAUCAUACACGUGAGUGAUUUUCGGAAGCCUUGUUCCUCGGAGCUCAAUGAUGUUGAACACUAGGAGGCUUUCCUGGUGGUCCUCGGCCUUAGCUCACGUUAAUUAGGAAAUUUGGAGAACAGAAGCCAUCAUUACCGAGCUCCGGGUAACUGGGAGUUUUCCUUUUCCCACUGUCUCCUAUAGGCGACAUUUCCAUAAGCAGAUUACAAGAGGAUAUGUUCCUGAAACCACUCGGAUAAAUCACCGGUUUCGUGAAAUAAGUCUCUAAUUAGAACUUUUGUCAUAACGGCUGGUGCACUGCUAUUCAUAUUAAUGUAAAGUGACUAAUGAUGUUCCAAAUGACACAUUUACUUUAGUAUCUCUCUAAUGAAACUGAAAGCGAUUGAAAAAUUAUCCAGUUUUCCCCAGUUGUUUUGGAUAUGGUUGUUAAUUUGUCAGUGAAAUUUAGUUUUUUUCUAGCCUUCUAAUCACAAAUAUAGGCUACGAUUAGUGUUUUAUUUGACGUGACAAAUUAACUUGACUACCCAAAAUAUCUUACUGGUUUAGAAAUUUUACAUUUUUCUUUAAAUUAGGCACAAUGCUAAAUUAUAACCUGAUUGCUCUUUCAAAUUGCUCUAUAGGCAAUAUCAUGAAUUAUUAUGAUGAAUAGUACUUUACAAUCCUUAACAUCGGGCCUGAAUAACAGCAUUGAGUAACAACACUUGUACUUGUUAAGAGCAGUUUGGAAAGUAAAUAACUGAGACGUACGUGUUGGUGUACAUGUCCAAAUCGGUCACACACGGUGAAACUUUUCACUAAAUGGUUGAGUCGUUAGUGUGAGGUGUCAAAAGCCCAUUAUGAAUAUUCAGUGCUGUAAUCGUUCAGUCUCAGUGGCGAUGAAUGUGUUAAAUGUCGAUGGACGGUGUGCUAAUAAGCUACUGGCCCCUUCGAAGGUGUAAUUUCUCCCCGGGAGACUGAAAACCUCUCCUCUUACUCUCCUCUUACUCUCCUCUUACUCGAGUCAUUUGUAAAUCACACAGCCUAACAAAUAAAACCCGGAAUUGAUUGCAGUUAGCAAUAAUUGGUGAUGUAAAAAAAUAAAUAGCCCUAAUUAACAUACACUCAAAUUGGCGUGGUUGUUCUAAAAAGUCGUGUGUAGUCUAAAUAGUCACAUCAGUUAUUCUUUCUUCAGAACAAUACAAAAUUGAUCCACAGGGGGGCGUUACUGUAUUAAUUUUGUUAGUAUUAGACACUUGACAAAAACUGCGACGCGUGGUUUAAAAAAAAACUAUUUUGUUGAAUGUUUGUUUUUA